AUGGCUUUGCAAACUCUUGUACCAGCACUGAAUUCCUCCAAAUGCUUUCUACUAUCAUCCGCAAAUCCUCCCUCUAAAAUAUUUGUUCAUGAUUUUUUUGCUUCUCCCAGCAAUAUUAUUAAGCAUUCUGCAGACUCACUACAAGCGUCAAGGAGGCUGCAGCCAUGUUUAGCAUCUGAAAACAACCAAGAAGCUUAUCGUCCGCUCGCAAACUUUGCCCCUACCAUUUGGAAAGACCCCAACAUCUUCACUUCUGAAAUACCUCAUUCGGAAAUUAAAUCAAAUGAUAAACUCGCUGAAGAGCUAAAGCAACAGGUGAAAGAAAUGUUAAUGGCUUCAAUGAGUGAUCCAGUGGAGAAACUUUGUUUGAUUGACUCUAUAUGUCGUCUUGGUGUGUCAUAUCACUUUGAGACGGAAAUUGAAGAACAACUAACUCAAAUUUGUGAAGCACAACCUAACCUUGCGGAUGAUAAUGAUUAUGAUCUCUACACUAUUGCUCUUUUAUUUCGAGUUUUCAGACAAUAUGGUUUCAAGAUUUCUUGCGCCGUGUUCAACAAGUUGAAGAAUAGUGGUGGUAUGUUCAAGGAAAGUUUAACCAACGAUGUAAGAGGCAUGCUGAGUUUAUAUGAAGCGACACAUUUGAGACUACAUGGGGAAGAAAUUCUUGAGGAGGCCCUUGAUUUCACAACCUCUCAUCUCAAGUCCUUGGCCGAAAAAUCCAGUCCUCAUUUCGCAAAACAUAUAAUGAAUGCCCUUGAUUUGCCCUUGCACCAAGGUGUUCCAAGAUUGGAAGCACGCCAAUACAUCUCUUUCUAUGAAGAAGACCAUGAAUUUAGAAAUGAAACUCUACUCAUGUUUGCAAAGUUAGAUUUCAAUAAGGUACAAUUGCUACACCAACAAGAGAUGAAAUAUCUUACAAGAUGGUGGAAGGAUUGUGACUUGGCAUCAAAAUAUCCUUACUCAAGAGACAGAAUUGUCGAGUUCUACAUGUUGUCGAUAGCAGAUUAUUUUGAGCCUCGUUUCUCGAUUGCCCGGAUGAUAAAUACUAAAAUUACAACGAUUCUUACAGUUAUGGAUGAUACAUAUGACGCAUAUGGUACAGCUGAAGAGCUCCAAAGUUUCACAGAUGCCCUAAAAAGGUGGGAUUCUAGUGCGCUAGUUGAUUUGCCAGAAUAUAUGCAAGCUCUUUAUAGUGCUAUCUUGAAUCUUUACUGUUGA